UCUGUCUGCACAUCAAAUUCGAGUCCGUGCAGACUGCCCGGCACUGUGGGAGCUGCCCUAGCUCCUCCUCCUGCAGGAGGGCUGUGCUUGUGGCCAUACUGGUGACAUGGACAGACUCUUGGUGGAGAAGUGAUGCUGUGGCAGCAAUUAUGAACCAGCAAGAGAGAGUCAGUCCUGGGACUGCAGCCCCAGCAGAAGGGAGCAGCUGUUCCCGCCUGAGCCCCUGGGUCUUGCUCGUUUCUGCCCUUGCCGUCAAAACUGCCCUCAUGACCGUCGGCCUCGUUGUUCUCUUUCACAGGAGCUGUGGCCAGUACAAGACUCUGCCCCAGAAUGCUCCAGGGUGGCACUGCAUCCCCAAUGGAUCUGCAAGCCAAAUCACUCACGUCUCCCAGAGCUGUGACAAGCCCGCAGCCCUGCAGGGGAACCAUACAGAGUGGCACUGCAUCUUGGCGGUGCCUCAAAGCAAAGAACGAGACUGGAAGUGCUGUCCAGACGGCUGGAGACCCUUUCAGGAAAGCUGCUAUUACUUCUCAGAUGAUCGGAUGCCCUGGAAUGAGAGCCAGCAGAACUGCAGUGGGAUGGGCUCCCAGCUGGUGGUGAUCAAUACAGAAGCAGAGCAGGCUUUCCUCUAUAAGGAAAUGGGAAGACAGUUUAAACACCAGCGAAACGGAGUCAUUUUAUACAUCGGUCUGAGGGCACAGAAGGUGGGCCAGUGGCGCUGGGCAGACCAGACUCCCUAUAAUGAAUCAGCAGCGUUCUGGAGGCCUGGGGAGCCAAGUGAUGAUCCUGCAGAGAUGUGUGUUGUAAUCCAUCAAAAUAUAGAAAAUCUCCGGAACUGGAAUGAUGUCCCAUGCACAAUCCGUUCUUAUCGGAUUUGUGAGACUGCAGCAGCAACUCUAUGAUGGAGGAAUCCUCAUCCUGAGAUUAGCAGCGAACUGGGAACAGCAGAAGGCUGUGUUGGGAGGGGUAGGAGAGCCUUGGAGCCUUUAUCUUGCCUCUGCUGGGUGGGAUGGUGAGACUGGGAGUGAUGUUGCUCUGCAUCCAGCAUCCCCUGUGCAUGUGUAUUUCUGAAAGUACCCCUGAAGUGGAAACAAUAAAUGCUAGAAGAUCUCUGCCUGUGCUUUCUCAGGCUGACCAUCCCAUCCCAUGGUCGGUGAAGACAGAUUUGGCAAUGGAAGCUCCAGGCAAGCAUGGCAGGUGAAGGUCAUGUCUGGGAAAUGUGCCAGUACCUUUCUUUCAAUGCCAUUGCCUCCCUGGGACUGACACAGGAGGGUUUGGGGUCAUCAGAGCAGUUCCUGGGCUCUUCUGUCAGUCAUCCUCUUCUCUCUGUGUGGGUCUGGCAGCUGCUGGCUGAAAAGAGCUGGAGCUCUCCAGAAGGAAGAAGAUGCAGGAAUGCAAGAAGGAUGCUCAGAGCUGCUGUUCCCUUUGUCUCCUUGAGAAGAGGUGUCUGCUCCUUGCUGGGUCAUAGAGAGUCCUGUUCAGCAUUGGUUUUGCUGAACAAAUACUGAUUUCCUGUGAAGCAGAAAAUACAAUAUUACACCGAUGAAAACGGCUCUGGGCUCACUCCCCCUCUCUCUCUUUCCCUUUCCCUCUCUAAGCUGAGGUAUU